AUGAAUUCAUUCUUGAAAUGGGCCAGGACGGCAGUGAGACGGACCCCCUCGCCUAUACUUCGUUUUCCGAAAAAGGGAUUCGAAACAGUCAAGCCCUCGCACAUUCUGGAAGAAGAGCGCUUUGAAGGUUUUAGGCGAGGACACUACUAUCCUGUCCAUAUCGGUGAUGUAUUGAUCUCCAAAUACCAGAUACUAGGCAAGCUGGGCUUUGGAACCACUUCCACGGUAUGGUUGGCUCGUGAUCUGGAAAAUCGACGAUAUGUCACAUUAAAGGUGUAUACAAGAGGCGAAGCUGGCCCAAGGGAGUUUCAAAUUUACAAACAGCUUAGCGAAGUGAACUCGUCACAUCCAGGAUACCAGCAUGUGAGGACUGCAUUGGACACAUUUGAUAUCCCGCAUCUGGGAGGCGUACAUCAAUGUCUCGUGCAGAAGCCUAUGUGGGGCAGCUUUCGAGAUCUAAUGCAUCGGAGUCCAACACAUCGCUUCGAUCAAACGCUUCUCAAGACCGGGCUGAAACGGAUUCUCCUUGCACUUGAUUUUCUUCAUACUGAAUGCAAACUCGUACAUACUGACAUCAAGAGCGACAAUAUUCUACAGGAAAUUGAAGAUAUCUCAAUACUAGACAGCUUUAUCGAUGCUGAGAUGAAGCGUCCUUCAGCACGGAAAUUUGUCAAUGAUAGGCCGGUCUAUGCUUCUCGGAGAUUCGAGUUUCCGAACAAGUUUGGCAGGACGGCUCUGAGUGACUUCGGCGCAGCUGUGUGUGGCGAAGAGAAAAGGAAUAAGGAUGCUCAGCCGAACGUUUACAGGUCCCCGGAAGUGAUGCUGGAGGUUGAAUGGAGCUACCCGAUUGAUAUUUGGAAUGUUGGAGCCAUGAUAUGGGAUUUGUUCGAAGGUAAACACAUGUUCCUUGGGAAUGAUCCGGAUGGGAAGGGGUAUUCCACACGUGCGCAUCUGGCUGAAGUAAUCGCGAUGCUGGGCCCUCCUCCGUUAUCUCUCCUGAAACGUGGACAGCGGAGUCUAGAAUUCUUUACCGAAGACGGUGAUUGGAAGAGUGAGGUCAAGAUUCCAGGGAGAAGAUCGUUGGAUAAUUCUGAGUUGUUCCUGAGUGGACAAAACAAAGAGAUGUUUUUGGAGUUCAUGAGGGGAAUGAUUCAAUGGAAGCCGGAAGACAGAAAAACAGCCAGGGAACUACUGCAGGAUCCAUGGCUGAACGAGCAAAGCUAG